AAACUCCUCUGUUGGGUUAAAUGUCUAUAAUAGUUCUGGCAGCACUGGUGUUAGCUAUCAAAUGAAAAUAUCCUGGAAACUGUUAUCUUUCUUCACGGAUUUUUCUUUGAUCAUAGUGCUUCGAUGAUAGAGAAAAUAUACAAUAUACGAAUAUUAUUUGCUAGCUGUGCGAAAGUGUACCGCAAGAGCGUGGCGACUAGUGAAACAAACAGCGCAGAGCACGAUGCACGAUGUUGGAAGGUCUAGUAGCGUGGGUUCUGAACAACUACCUCGGGAAGUAUGUGGAGAACCUCAACACGGAUCAGCUGAGCGUGGCGCUCCUGUCGGGGAAAGUGGAGCUAGAGAAUCUCCCCCUGAAGAAAGAUGCUCUCCGCCACCUGGGCCUCCCCGUCGAGAUCAAAGCAGGGUUCAUUGGCAAGGUUCAACUGCAAGUGCCAGUGCGGCAGAUCAGAUCAGCGCCCUGGCUGAUUGCUAUCGAGAAACUUUACCUGGUGGCCACACCUAUCAAUUUGGAUGAGUGGGACUGCAGUGUAGAAGCGUCAAUAGCGCACGAGCGCAAAACUGCGCUUCUAGACGCGCUGGAGGCGCAGUGGCGGGCGGAGCACGAGGCGGCCGACGCCGGCUACUACGCCACCUCCUACUCCUCAUGGCUCAGCUACGGCACGGGCCUGCUGGCCAACAUCGUCGAGAACCUUCAGUUAAAAUUAACCGACGUGCACAUUCGCUACGAAGACGCCAUAACGGGCGCGAUGCCGUUCGCGUGCGGGCUGACGGCGGAGUCGCUGUGCGCGGAGUCGUGCGACAGCGAGUGGCGGCGCGGCUUCACACUGCUCAGCGACCCCGACGGCUGCUCCUUCAAGCUGCUGGAGCUGCACAACCUCGCCGUCUACUGGGACGCCAUGCCCGUGCCCGCCGGCAUGUUCGCCACCUGUACCAUCUCCGAGCUAACUAGUCGCAUGUCGGAGACGUGGCGCGGCGGGCACAGCUUCGUGGUGACGCCGGCGUCGGCGCGGGCGCGCGUGCGGCGCGAGCGCACGGAGCAGCCGCUGCGCUCCCGCCAGCGCCCGCGCAUGCAGGCGCACCUCACGCUCGACACCGUCGCGCUCGCGCUCAGCUCCCGCCAGUACAACGAGGCGGUGUGCUGCGCGGCGGGGCUGGAGCGGCUGGCGCGGGUGCGCGAGUUCCGCGCGCGGCGCCCGGCGGCGCCCGUGCGGGGACACGCGCGGGACUGGUGGCUUUACGCGCUCUCCUGCCACAUACCCGACCAUCGAUGGACGGAGCCGAAGCCGACGUGGGAAUCAUGCCUGGUGCGGGCGCGGCAGACGCGCGAGUACGUGGCGGCGUGCCUGGUGACGCUCAGCAACCCCGCCGCCACGCUGCCCGCGGACCGCAAGGCCGCCAAGGACGAGUUCGAGUGGCGCAUGCCGCUGCAUCUGCUCAAAGCACUGCGGGAGGUGGCAAUGCGCAAAGUGCCAAAAUCGACUCCAGUGUCAACUCCGGACACACCGGCGAGUUCCGGACGCAGCAUGCUGGUGCACUGGUUCCCGCAGUGGCUGGGCUGGUACGGCGGCUCGCAGGACGCCGCCCCUGCGGCUCAAGCGGCUGCUCCGACUCCCGCGCCCGCCCCCGCCUCUCACGCGCCCGCAGACUUAGAGGAAGAGAUCUUAGAUGUGAUAGCAGAUUCGUUGGACAAUAACACGAUGCUGAAGAGGGACACGGUGUUCGGCAAGUUCGAGUUCAUCCUGAACAAGGGCUCGCUGAACCUGUGCAUGGAGGGCGAGGCGGAGGCUGGGGGCGGCGGCAUGGAGCUGCAGUUCUCGUGCGUGCGCGUGGGCAUCGAGUCGCGGCCGCGCGCGGCCUCGCACGCGCUGCACGUGUCGCUGGGCGCCGUGUGUCUGCGCGAGCGCAUCACGCCCAACACGCUCUUCCCCAUACUCAUCGCGCCGCAGGGCGUGAUCCGCGAGGGCCUGAGCGCGCUGAGCGCGUCGGGCGCGGCCAUGUCGUGGUGCCGCUCGCACGCGCAACCCGGGGCCGCCACUGCGCAGGCGCAGCAGGAACCGCUCUUCCAGCUCACCUAUGAGAAGAAACCCUUCGGCGUCAACUGUGACUACAAGUUGUGGGUGAAGUCAGCGUCGCUGGAGGUGGUGUACAACGCGGGUGCGGCGCGCUGGGCGGCGGCGUGGGCCCGCGCCCCCUGGACGCACGCGUACCAGCACGUGCGCGACUCCACGCGCGCGCGCCUGCUCACGCACUGGGACCACCUCGUGCGCCCGCACCAGGCGCCCGGUGAGCGACGCACGUGGCAGGUGGAGCUGGACAUCUCGGCUCCUCAGAUCCUGUUCGUGGAGCAGUUGUGCUCGCGCGACUCUGCAGUGCUCGUCGUUGACUUCGGACGACUUCGGCUGGCUAAUGCUAACUUAGCCGAUUGUGCGCCGCAUACUCCACCUGACGACGAAGAAAUGUUCAUGACACCGUGCUCUACGCCUCCGGGCAGCUUGCUAUCGCCGGGCUCGCCACCCGACCCGCCGCCACAGAUGCAGACUGCACAGCCGGCGCUAGACGCCGCCAACUUACACAAUAGACUUUAUGACAGAUACAAGAUCGAGCUGAGUGACCUGCAGAUCCUGGUGGGUCGAGCGCGAGACAACUGGAAGUACGCGCACACCAAGAGCACCUCCUCGCUGCACCUGCUCGACAGAUUCAGUAUACUGCUGCAGGCGGAGCGGCGCGUGGUGGCGACGAGCGACCCGCAGUACCCGUCGGCGACGCUGUGCGGCUCGCUGCCGGCGCUGGUGGUGCACCUCAGCGAGCAGAAGCUGUUCGCCGUGCGCGCCGUGCUGGCCGACCUCGCGCUCUCGCCCACCGCCACUGGCCGCGAGCCCCCCAGCCCGACGCAGGCGGCGGCGGACGACAUGGAGGAGAGCAGCGUCAGCUCGGAGACCGAGCGCUCAGAGUUCUCGCAGCACCACAACUCCACACUCUUCAUGCUGCAGUUUGCUAUCGAGCAGAUGUCGCUAGAGGUGCAGUCGAUGGGGCGCAGCAUCGCGGAGGUGCAGGUGUGCGGCGUGAAGGCGGCGUGCACGGCGCGGCCGCGCGACGUGUCGCUGUCGCUGUCGGUGCACUCGCUGCUGCUGGUGGACGCGCUGCAGACCUACGGGCCCGACUUCGAGCUGCUCGUCGCCAGUCACAAGCAUGUCGGCAUGGACACGAUGUCGGGCAGCAUCCGCGGGUCGGAGCCGACGUCGCCGACAUCGCCCACGUCCCCCACGUCGCCGAUCUGUCCGUCGUCGCCGGACGCGCGCUCCACGCACUCGCUGGCGCACCCGCACGCGCUGCAUCAGGCACUCAACUCUCUGCACUCCAACAGAACCGAGCCAGGUCUGUGUCCGGCGGAGUCGGAGGCGGGGCGCGCGUCGCCCGCGCUGAGCUGGGUGUCGGGCACGGGGCUGAACUGGAACGGCAGCGGCAUGUUCGGCGCGGGCUGGGGCGCGGGCUGGGCGGGCGGCUGGAGCGCCGUGAGCUGGGGGCCCGCCGCCACGCCCUGGGGCGCCGCGGGGCUCGUCGACGCGGAGGCGCUCAUCGCCGUCGACCUCUGCUUCAUCAAGGGCGACGGCGACAACGAGGACUUGAGGAUCGCCAAUAUAUUGUUUAAUAAUCUUGAUAUCAUUGCUAAUCAAGAGACCAUAGUGGAGUUAAUUGGUUUCACACACCGCGUAUUCGGUCCCAAGACAUCAGCAAAGAAGGCUUCCAGCGAUACAGGACAUUCGGAACCAGCCGCCGCAUCCACCUACUCGUUCUCAAUACCUGAAGAUGAACCUAAGCGGUCGGUGCGCACGGAGAUCACGUUCGACUUCCACCGGCUGGGCGUGCUGCUGCUGCGCGCCGCCGUGCUGGACGGCGCCGUGGUCGCGCGCAAGAUCGCCACCGCCACCGUCAGCGAGGCCAAGAUACAGGCCACCGUCGACGGCAGCCGCGUGGAGGUGUCGGGGUCGCUGGGCGGCGUGGGCGUGGUGUCGCUGUGCGAGGGCGGCGGGCUGCACACGCGCGUGCUGGCGGCGGGGCAGGCGCUGGCGCACGCCGACCCCGACGACGCCAAGGCGCUCAACUUCUCCAUCCACCGCACCGUCGACACGCCCGCCGAUGCCGACGCACCUGUGGUGCACGCGAUGGUGUCGGUGCGCGUGGCCAGCGUGUGGUACACGCACUCGGGCGCGUUGCUGCGGGAGCUGCGCUCGUGCCUCACGGAGUUCAAGCAGUACCUCGCCAACCUGGCCCGCUCCAUCCGCGCCGCCGCCGCUGACAUGGCCAUCGGCCUCGUGCAUCCCAGAGGGGAGUCGCUGUACGCGAACCCGAAGCUGUCGCAGUCGAUGGAGGGCGUGUCGCCGCGGCGCCGCACCGUCAGCAUGGGCGCCUCGCUCGACGACCCCGCCGCGCUCAAGUCCGACAACAUCGUGCUCAGCGUGAACAUCGAGCUGGAGUCGCCGGUGGUGGUGCUGCCGCGCGCGGCGCACAGCGCGCAGGUGCUGGUGGCGCACCUGGGCCGCAUGAGCCUGUGCAACCGCCCCGGCCCGCCCCGCCACACGCUCUACAAGGUGCGCGUGCGCGACAUCUCGCUCGCCUCCGUGGACGUGUCGGAGAAGCUGAAGCUGCACCAGCUGUCGGCGGAGAACAUGCAGGACAUCUACGACGUGUCGGCCGGCAAGCCCGUGCUACACAACACGGCGCUGCGCUUCACGCUCAACUACAGCGACGUCGACGACGACACCGACGCCGACUACCAGUGCGAAGUCCGCGGGCGCAUAGUGGGCGGGCUGCACGUGUCGGCGCGGCGCGAGCAGUACGAGCAGGUGCUGGAGACCUUCCGCUGGAUCACGUCCGACGUCCCCGCUGACGUCACCGACGCCGGCCCGCGCAACGCGCCCUCGCCGCAUGCACAGCGCAUGGCGGGGUCGGACGGGCUGCUGGAGGGCGCGGUGCCGACGCUGCAGCUGGACCCCGCCGUGCGCGCCGCCGUGCUGGCCGUGCCGCCGCCCGCGCCCGCCGCGCCCGCGCCGCCGCCCAUCGCGCCGCUCAUCGUCAACUUCGAGCUGCCAACAUUCAGCGUGGAGCUGCGCGCAGAUUUCGGCGAGGGUGAGAGAAGCCUCGUGGAACUUACCUUCAGGGAGUUCAAGUUGAACUACCAGAAGACGCAUCCUUAUGAGAAUAUGCUGCAGGUGUCGCUCCACUCGAUCACAAUGGAGGACUUGACGAAGGAUCCGGACUCAAAGCAUCGCAUGCUGAUGGUGUCGCACACGCCGCAGGUGCCGCCCAAGGCCGUGUUCGUGUCCAAGUCAUGCCCUGACUUUGUCACGGAGUACGCCGACGACAUGUCCAGUGUCAGCUCGCUGCAGUACAUGAAGUGCUGCUCUUAUUCGUUGCCCAGUCAGCUCAAUGUGGCGGCCAGAGAGAGUAAGGAGCGUCGCAACAAACGUGACAGUAAAAGCUGCGUGACGCCGCCGUGUUCGCCCGAGUGUGACGCGGGCGCGGACACGUCGGAGGACGCGAGCCCCGCCGGCCCCGACGACAACCUCGUGUGGCUGUCCGUGCACACGCGCGACCCGCACCAUCCGCACUUCAGCGACAAGUACGACAAUAUAUAUAAGCUCACGAAAGUGGAUUUCAAUUGCUUAAACCUGGUGGUGAGCAUCGAUAGCUGGGUGGCAGUGCUGGACUUCUUCGGCAUAGCGGGUGACGAGGUGCCGGAGAGCGGGCCGGGGCCGGAGCCGCAGCAGUCGGGCGCGGCGGCGGCGCCGGGCGUGACGCAGACGGAGGUGCGCGUGCGCGCGCUGGGCGUGGUGGUGGUGGCGGGGCGCGGCGAGGCGUGCCGCGCGCGCGUGGCGCGGGCGCGGGCGGUGGCGCGGGCGGACGCGCGCGCGGGCUGGCGGCGGCUGGAGGGCCGGCUGGGCAGCAUGGCGCUCACCGACCUCACGCCGCACGCCGCGCUGUGGCGCGACCGCUUCCGCACCUCCGGCGACCACGCGCUCACCUUCACCUACCAGAGGCUGAGCGCGGCCGACGCUGCGACUGCCGGCCACGACACCAGCCUGAGCAUAGAGAUGGGCCCUGUCACGUAUGUGCACACCAAGCGCUUUGUGCAGGAGCUGCAGGCCUUCGCCAGGGACUUCAGUCUGCUGCGCCGAGUUAUCAUGCAAGCCAGACUUAAGGUGGCGGUGGUGUCGGGCACGCUGGGCGGCGGCGGGCGGGCGGCGCGCAUGCGGCUGCGGCUGCGCUGCGUGGCGCCGGUGAUCGUGCUGCCGGUGUCGGGGCGCGCGCGCAACGCGCUGGCCGCGCACCUCGACCACCUCACGCUCGACAACUGCUUCAAGUAUGCUGGGGAUGAAGGCACCGUCAGCACGCUCGCUGAUCCUAACAAUGGCGGGCGCUGCCUACUGGACGUGCGGGCGGUGCGGCUGGCGGGCGUGGCGCUGUGGUGCGCGCGCGGCGGGCGCGGGCUGCGCGUGCGGCGCCUGGGCGCGCCGCUGCUGCGCGCGCCCGCUGACCUCACGCUGCACAUCGAGCACAACCUCUCCGACAACCACAACGUCCCGGACAUGACGAUCCAAGGGUCGCUGAGCACGCUGCAGUGCGCGCUGGACCCGGCGCAGUACCGCCUGCUGCGCGGCGUGCUGGCGCACAACCUCGCCGAGGGCACCGACGACCUGCUGCCGCGACAGCCCCUGCACCCGCCGCAGAUGCAUACACACCAACAUGUGUGGACCACAAGUUCCCUGAAAUUAGACCUGCAUGACGUGACAGUGAAGCUGGAACCGGAACACGGCGUGUCCUCGCUCGCCUGCAUCAACUUCAUCAAGUCCAGGCUCGUCGUGGAGACCUACUCCGACCUCAGCCAGGAUAUAGACCUGGUGUCACAGGAAAUUCUAGUAAGUGAUACCCGGUACACGAAGGAGCCAGCCAACAGACGAGGCAACGUGUUCAGUCAUAUUGUUCAGCCGAUGCCUGAGCAGCGACACAGCGUGCAGGCUGAAGUACAUGCCAGAAAACGUCGUGACUCAUCAGCGUACACGAUCCUAGUGAACAACAUGCGCCUGAUGGCGGUGCUGGACUGGUGGGAGUGCGCCAACCAGUUCAUCAUGCAGCCGCCGCCGCCGCCUGCCGACCCCGACCAGAUGCACCUUGAGGAGGCGCUGUCGGCAGCCCGCAGCAGCGCCAGCCCGGCGCCGGCGCAGGAGGAACCACAGAUGGAACUCAAGCUGAACGUCACCGACUCGCAGCUCGUGCUCGUCGAGGACCCCUCCGUGUGGGACACCAACGCCGUCAUCCUCAGGAGUACAACAGUAAUAACUUACCGCUGCGCAGACGCACAGAAGCCGGUAUCGUGCGAGCUAAACGAACUGGAAGUGUUCUCUUGCGUUCUCGGGCUUGAAGAGGAGACCGCGCUGUCUAUUGUCGAGCCGGCAGCUUUACAUGUUGCUAUUGACGCUGAUAGGGUGCUUCAUGUUGCGAUGAGUACUCUAAACUUGCGGUUAUCAUAUCACGACAUGCGAAUGUUCGCCGCAAUGUUGCAGUCCUUACCGGUGCAAGCGAGAGCUGCUCUGUCAGGCAAGUCGGUGGUGUCGGAGGCGGAGGCGGACGCGCCGGCCAACAGCGUGCACAUGCGCGCGGCGCCCGCCUGGCCCGCGCGCCCGCGCUGGCGCAGCCACGCGCAGCCGCCGCCGCCGCGCACGCAGCACAACGCUGCCAUCUUCCCGCUCAAGGCCGUGCAGGUGGCGGCAGACUGUAUCACUUUGUGUGUCAUUGACGACUGUUUGGACUCAGAUGUACCGCUACUGGAAGUAUCCCUCAGCGAGCUACACGUUGACCAGGAUCUACGUAAAGUGGAGGAAUCAUUCGAAGACCCCAUGUUGGUGUCGACGCCGGCGGGUCCUGGUGGGUCCAUCCUGCAGCGCUCGUCGGGCGCGGGCGGAGGCCGGCUGGCGGCACUGCUCACCAUCGACUACUACAACCGCACCCUAUCUGGUUGGGAACCCGUUGUGGAACCCUGGAGAUUCGAAACGUCAUGGGAGAACACCCUGACGAGCGAGCUGUCGCUGGGGCGCGUGCAGAUGGAGGUGUCGUCCACCGAGGUGCUCAACACCAACGUCACGUCCUCGCUCAUCGAGCUGUGGCAGCUCGUGCGCGCCAAUUGGACCGCUGACUACUACGCGCCGCAGUCCUCCGGCACACAGGAGCAGUCGCCGAAGGGCAGCCCGGCGGGGCACCGGCGCCGCUCGCCCUUCGUGCCGUACGCGCUGCGCAACCACACCGGACACCGCCUGUGGUUCACCACGCUCGUCACCACCUCUGACGUAUUGCGGGAACAAGCGACAUGGUCAGGGCCCGACGACUCGUGGAUGAUGGUCCGCGCGGGUGAGACGGAGCCCUUCUCGUUCGGACAGCGUCGCGGGCGGCGCCGCGGCCGGGCUCCUGCCGCGCUGGCCGGGCACAACGCCUCGCUCAACCAGCUCGCGCUGCGCCUCGACGGCUGGUCCCCGCCCGACCCCGUCUGUGUCGACAGGGUCGGAGUCUUCUUCAGGAAUCUUACGCAUGCUAAAUCCGGUGCAGAAGCCCGCAUCGUGUUCGAAGUAUCGCUAGAGGGUUCAGCGCGCAAAUUGGUGACGGUUCGGUCGGCGCUACAGCUCGUCAAUAAGUUGCCGCACCCGGUCGAAGUGAGAGUAGACCACGCGCCAUCAGCAGCGCAGUGGAGUAGCGGCGGCGUGCGGUGCGCGCAGGUGGCGGCGGGCGCCACGUGGGCGGCGCCGCUGUCGGCACACCCCGCGGCGCUGUGGACGCGGCCGCUGCUGCGCGCCGGCCUGCCCGCCGCGCCCGCGCCCGCGCCCGCGCCCAUCGACUGGCGCGCCGCGCCCGCACCCGCCGCGCUGCUGCACUACGAGUGCCGCGCGCCGCCCGAUCACGUCUACAGGUUCGGCUGCGUUAUAGUUCGUGAAAGGUUCCCCCCAGAUAGGGGCCCGCCUAUAGCCGGACACACGCUCACUUUGGUGCCGGCUCUAAGGCUUGAGAACUUACUGCCGUUAGAGCUGCAGUACCGCGCCAAUCCCGCCUCGACAGGCUCCGGCGCUACUACUGCUUCUGGCAAUAUUCCGCCCGGAGAAACCAUGCCUUUCCAUGAGGUAAAUGUGGAGGAAGGCGUAGAAGUGAGCGUAAAGCUCGAAGGCUUCGGCUGGUCCACGGCACUGAGCGUGUGCGGCUCCGGCAGUGGCAGCAGCAGCAGCGCCGCGGUGGGCGGUAGCGGGAACGGCUCCUUCAGCGCCCGGCUCAAGCUCAGGGACACCAGGGGCAGGAGGCUCUAUCUCAAUGCCAGGGUCACUAUUAAGAAGACUGAUGGAAUUAAAGUGUCGAUCUCAGCGGCGUACUGGCUGGUGAACCGCACGGGGCUGCCGUUGGUGUUCCGCGCGGAGGGCGCGGCCACGGAGGCGGCGGGGCAGUUCGACGAGCACGAGCUGGCGCGCAUGGUGCAGCCGCUGCUGUUCUCCUUCGCCGAGGCCGACGGCGGCCCCACCGUCUCCGCGCGCCUCGGCCGCGGCCUGCCCGGCACGCCGGAGUGGUGCUCCCCGUUCGGGCUGGGCGUGGGCGUGGGCGUGAAGAAGCUGGAGUGCCGCGGCUCGACGGAGGGCGCGGGGUCGGCGGAGCGCGUGUUCGCGGUGGGGGUGCGCGUGCGCGCAGGGCGGGGCCGCUACCGGCACACCAACAUCGCCACCUUCACGCCGCGCUACCAGCUGCACAACAACACCUCGCACCAUCUGCAGUUCGCGCAGAAGUGCUGCGCCACCACGCUCAACGACCCUGGCGCGAUGGCGACGCACGUGUCGGCGGUGUCGGGCUGCUACCUGCCGUGGCACUGGGCGCGCUGGGAGCGCGAGCAGCUGCUGUGCGUGCGGCUGCUGGCGCCGGGGCCCGCCAACAGCGCCGCGCCGCCGCCGCUCACGCAGUGGUCCGGCGGCUUCCGCAUAGACUGCACCAGGACCCUGCACAUCGCUUGCAGAGAACCGGGCGGCGGCUACCAGUUCGUGCGCGCGGAGGUGGUGUCGCAGGGCGCCACGAUGUUCGUGCUGCUGACGGACGCCGACUGCGCGCCGCCGCCGCUGCGCAUCGACAACUACUCGCCCGUCUCCAUCAUGUUCCACCAGGUGGGGUGCGGCGAGGAGUGCGUGGUGGGGGCCCACGCUCGGGCACGCUGGGCGCUGGCGGAGCCCGAGGGCGCGCGGGCGCUGGCUCUGCGGGCGCCCGGCGGCCCGCGCACCGCGCUGCCGCUCGACGACCUGCCCGCGCACCACCAGCUGCUCUACCAGAACUUCAUCUACGUCGCCUUCGACGCCACGCAGCAAUUCGGUGAUAGUACUGUGAAUACGAGCGGAAAGCCAUCGGCGACCACACCCGAUGACAAUGUACUGGUGCUGGAAGUGCCGCUGGGCAGCACGCGGGUCGUGCUGGCUAGAAAACGCUACGGAGAUAGGUCACAGCUCUGGCGGCGCGGUCCGAACGACCAGCUCAUCCACGAAGGUAGUUCUCCACCACAACCUACAGAUGCGUUAUUAUCUGACGAUGCGCCGUUAUCGCCUCAUGCUAUGGUGCUGGACAUCGAGGACGCGGCGCCGCGGCCGGGUCGCGCGUCGGCGCUGGUGCUGCGGCGCGCGGACGGGCGGCGUGCAUCCACACAAGCCUGGCGGCUGGUACCCCCCGGCCGCAUGGCCUGUGCUCACGCCAACCUCUGCGUGCAGCCCGAUGGACUCAGCCGCAUGGCGCUCACACCCGGUACCCGCGUAGUGCUAGGAUUGCCAGCGUCGGGACGCACCGGAUGGUCGCCGACGUCACCAGUACCGGCGGAGCAGGCGGUGUCGUGGCACACGCUGCGGCCCGGCUCCGGCCGGCUGGACGUCACGCUGUGCGCCGACGGACCCACGCGCGUCGUCAACAUACACGACCAUAAGGAGCCCGAGUCUGGUUGGCUGGAGGGCGGCGAGGCGGAGGCGGAGGAGACGCCGGCGCCGGGCGCGCGGCGCGAGUGGGGCGUGCGCGUGGCGCUGGCGGGGCUGUCGGUGUCGCUGGUGUCGCGCGCGCCGGCGGCGGAGCUGGUGCACGCGCUGUUCGACGCCGUGCUGCUGGAGCUGGCGCUGGCGCCGCGCUCCACCGCGCUCGCGCUCGCCGUGCAGCACAUGCAGUGGGACAACCAGUUGCUGGGCACCCCGAGCCCCGUCCUACUGUACUGCCUGCCGGACCGCAGCGGCAACAGCAGUGGGGCUCCGCUGCCGGCCCUGCACGCCGCCAUAGAGCUGCAGAAGGCGCCCGCCAAGAGAUACAACGCGUACUUCUUCCGGCAUCUCGUGGUGGCCCUGCGCCCCUUGGCUAUCAGACUAGAGGAAAGACUGAUCCUGCAGUUGUGGGCGUGGGCGUGGCGCGGCGCGGAGGAGGCGCGGGAGGCGCCGGACGAGGCGGACUACGAGACGCAGCGCAUGCUCAGCGAGCUCACCGCGCUGCACAGCACCAGAUACUACUUCGCGCUCAUCAAGAUCAUACCCAGCCAGAUCCGGUUGUCGAUGUGCACGGCGAACAAGCUGGAAGGAUCCCUGAGCGCGCUGAAGCGUCGCCUGGGACUCACCUUCAUCAAGUUCGAGGACGCCGCCGUCGAGCUCGAGCCCUUCGUCAGGGCACACGUCUUCGACACCGCCUCAUAUCUCGGCCGGCAGAUGUUAGCGCACUUUAAAGAUGAGUUAAAAUGGCAAGCAGCGAAAAUCCUCGGGUCAGUGGACUUCUUGGGUAACCCGCUGGGUUUCGUAGCUGAUGUGUCAGAGGGAGUUACGGGUCUACUGUUAGAGGGCAACGUGGGCGCAUUACUCAAAAACGUCACGCAUGGCAUCUCCAAUUCCGCCGCUAAGGUCACAGAGUCCCUGGGCGACGGGCUGGAGCGCGUGGUGGGCGACGAGGCGCACGAGGAGACGCGGCGCCGCAUCCGCUCCGCCGCGCCCGGCGCGCACCUCGCCGCCGGCUUCCGCGGCCUCGGCCUCGGCAUACUCGGCGGUAUGACGUCGCUGGUGAAGCACAGCUACGAGGGCGCGACGCAGGAGGGGCUGGGCGGGUUCCUGGCGGGCGUGGGCAAGGGGCUGGUGGGCACCGUCACCAAGCCCGUCAUCGGCGUGCUCGACCUCGCCGCCGAGACCGCCUCCGCGCUCAGGGAUACCAGCCGCAGGUCGGACAAGUGGGUGCCGGCGCGGGUGCGCGGGCCGCGCUGCGUGGCGGGCUGCGGCGGGCUGCUGCCGCGCUACUGCGGCGCGCAGGCGGCGGGCGCGGCGCUGCUGUACGCGCUCAACCACACCGACUACUCCGAGCGCUUCCUGGCCUACCGCGCCGUGCGCGACCUGCCCAACGACAUCCGCGCGCUGCUCUCCGACACCUACCUGCGCAUCAUCACCUGCAAGCACCAGGCGCCGCAGGUGGUGAUGGAGACGCACCUCAGCAACCUGGUGUCGUGCACGGUGGUGACGGUGGAGGGCGCGCACUUCGUAGAGCUGGGCGUGCGCGGCGGCGGCGCCGACGCGGUGCGGCGCCCGCGCGUGCAGUGCGACAGCGCCGAGCUGGCCGCCUGGGUGGCGCAGCACGCCGCGCUGGCGCGCCAGCUCUACCACGAGCACGUGCACACGCUGCUGCCCAUCGCCGACCUCUAGCCUGUAUGUCUUCGAAUACCUACUGAUUAACCCUUAUCAUUCUAACAAUAUUGACAUGAGUUAUUUUCUAUUUGGAGCAAGUUAACAUGCCCAAGUGACAAGGGCACGCGGGUGAGUAUUUAGCUUGGUACAUGAGCGAGUUUAAAAUGCAUGUAACCUGCGCAUGUGUCUCAACAUGCGCAAGCUACUUGCACCGUGUAGAUUCACCCUAACAGCUAGCAAACUUAAGAUGAGCUCUUUUAUGUAGCAGCCCCAAUUAAAAUAUUCGUAAACGAAUUUAACGAUAACGAUACGACUGCCUAAUCGGCAUUGCAAUACCGAUUAAAUGCUUAUAAUCAAUGUUAAAUCCUAAAGAGAUUUUCGACACAAAGUUUCGAUUAUGUAUAAUAGAGAUUUAUGUUGUUAUCAGGCAUAGGUAAACUUUUAACUAUGAGUAUAUAAUACACGCGCACAAAUAUACUUAUGUGUGUGUGGUUCUUCCCUUCUGUAUAAAAUUAUUCCCAAAUACAUAUUUGAAAAUUCGUUUGGGCUGACGACCUUCCAAACUUUAUUAGACUGAACGUUUCAUAUGUUAAUAUAUUGUUAUUACCUACUAGAUCGAUAAGUAUUCGUAAGUAUUAUUGCAAAAGACACUGCGAGCUAACUUAUGUUAUAUAAUACUCUUUUAUUAACUGCGAAUCUAGUAAUGAUAUUACAAGCUAUACACUUGCUAAUGUUGAUAUUAUCUGGGGCUCGAUUCUGCUAAUUUCACUUAAAUCAAUUACGAUUGAAGCGAAUGUUACAUUCCGAAAUUUUUUGUUUUAAAUAAACAUUUUUAACCUUUUAUAUAAUGAAUCAUUGUCUUCAAAUUAUUUAAGAUUGCGAUAUGAGUGUAGAGCAGAAUACCCUGUAGACCAAAUGGCAGAACAAUAUCAAUCCAAUUAAAUGUCAUUGGAAUACGAUCGGUCUUAUAUUAGUAGCAGAAUACCCGAUACGGUUAAAGCUGCUAUUGAGAUUACAUUGUUAUCCAAUUGUCACACUAUUACAUUAGCAGAAUCAGGCCCCUGGACUAUACAGGUAUUCCUCACAAUGUUGUGUGUUCUAUCCUAUUUCUAAUAUAACUUGACCCAAUCAGUAUACACAGGCAGUAUAAUAGUGUUUAUAUCCAGUUUCUACAUGUAACUGCUUAGUUAUAAGGUACUGACUUAUUACAGUUUUGUCUUGGUUGGUGAUAAACAUAGACUUUCACAAAUAUAUCAUAGUUCGUAGGUUAAGUGUUGUAAACCCUUUGACUCUUAAAAUUUGAAAUAUCCAGACAAUGUGUAAGAAGUCGAACUAUUUGAACGUUCGGUACGUUAACAGUUAACACUGCCUACAACUAUACUCCAUUCAAAAUAACAUUAGACAUUUAAGUAAACCUUUUUUACUGUUUGUUUACCGAAGUCAAAAUCGGUUGAACAAACAGUAAAAAAGGUUUACUUAAAUUUCUAAUGUUAUUUUGAAUGAAGUAUAGUUAAUCUUAAGUUGUAAUUUAACAACGCAGUAACUUUGUUAUAGUUUUUACUAGUGAAAGUAGUAACUAAGUACAGUGGACGUUUUCCAGCAGAUGCCUGCUUACACAGCAAUAAUAAAACACCAUUACUAAGUAAUCCCAUAUUGUAGAAGUAUUUGUGUCACAGUAAUGUGUUGAUUGUGCUCUUAUGUAUGUACGUAGUAACGACCAAGUCGUGGCAACUAACUAGUUAUGUGAUACGUGUCGAGUGUACCACUACGUCACUUUGUUUUAGUGCUAAUUACGGAUCAAGUGUUUCGCACGUUCUACCGGGGAACCAGUGGCUGUAAACGGCACUAUCAAUGUUAUAUCAGAUAAGUAACAGACAUAAUGAGCUAUAUGUGGUACUUUAGAGAGGUAGAACGCGUUAAACACAUUCAUCCAUAAAUUAUUUUAUGUAGCUCCAGAGUAAUAUAUUUUGUGUACGUGUGGGAGUUAUGCUGAGUCUUGAUUGAACAAAAUUAUCUUAGGCUGUGAUAUAAACCUAUGACAAAUCGACAUGUAAUACGACAAACUUCGUGAGCUGGCAGCACUAGUGUUAUACAUUCCAUUGCAGGUCCCAAGACGUAAUGAUUCCUUGACUUCGCAGUGAUACACACGUUUAAUAAUAAGUAUAAUGUCCACAAAUGUUACAAUACGGGUAAGUCCGCUUGUCCCUUGUCAAGUGUUGCCAGUUUCAUUCGUAUGAUCGCUAUUCUAUAAAAUUUCGGUAGCGACGGAAAAUUGUACGAUGAUCAUCUAUUAUUAUCUAUUUAGCUGUGUUAUUCCAAAAUUUUCAUUAUUAUGACGUUAUCUUACAUUAUGGUAACUGAGGAUUAAUUAUGUAGGAAAAUGAUUAUUCCAUAUCUAAGAGACUUAAGGGAAAAGGUUGCCAGUAAUAUUAUUAUUUUUUUUUAAUAUGAUUAAUUGGUUAUGACAAGAUACGAAUGUGUUGAGUAACAUGCCUUGGGUAGUGCUUAUGUUUAAUUGAUUCGAUUUGUCUGUCUUUUCAUUGUGUGCAAGGUUUGAGUUUGUUAUGAUUGCUCGUUAUUUUAUAAGCGAAGUCUAUCUUCUGACGUUACAUACUAGCAAACUUCAAGGAGCCCAUUUACUUUUUUAGCAAAUUGAAAGGUUGUGAUAAGUACUUAUUGUAACUAAACAUUAAUCUGAUUUCUGUAAGAGUAAUUGCAACAUACAUGGGCUUAAACACCUUAACAAUGAAUGGUUUGGAUGCUUCAUUUAAAUAAUUAUAUAUUUUAUGUAUCAUGGUACGAGGAUGGAGACAGAAAAUUAUACCCGUUUAUAAUUAGUAGCAAAAUAAAAUACAAUGUAACGUCAGAGUUAUUUUGUAGUGAUUAGUUUAGUUAACCAACAUUACCAAAGUGCGACUUACUGUAAGUGGAGAAGGUUUAUGUUUGUAUUUAUUUAUUUAUUCUGAGAAUGUCAGAGAGAGAAUAAUUAUUUAUUUAAUACUGUUGUGGUAUCAUUUCAUUGAAAUAAAACUUUUCAACAAUAA